CGACUGCAUAGUGCACAAUGCAGAUAUCACUUUGUGCCACGUUGGGACAGGCAAUCAUUUGGACAACGCGAGCAGGUCUAACACCAGAGCGUUACCAGAAGCACGCACGUAGACUGUUCAAGAUGAGACUUCCACGGUUAACUUGUAGUCUAGCCCUGACAUUGAUGUGUAUCUCCCUUCAUCACAACAUUCAGGAGGUCCAAGGCAACUGGGCAGCCUUGGGUAAGGUUUUGUUUGCCGGUGUAACAAGCACCCUGUCGAUAGCAUCAUGGGCGUCUGAGGGAUGUCUCUACUUCCAAGAAAUAUGUGCAUUUAAGGAGAGUAUCCCUGAACUUGAGAAUAGGGCCAAGGGCUAUACACAAUCACUUUCAGCAGAUGCAAACGCCUUAAAAGCACUUUAUGAAUCCAAUGUUGAUCUCUACAAUCUAAUUUACUCUGCCACUAUAAAAAAUGAGCGAAUCAUUGGUAGCCUGAAAGCUAUCGAAAAGUACUCGCAUGGCAUUCUGAAGAAUCUCGUAUACAUCGCGAAUGUAGACAUCCCGGCCAUGGAUCUUACUCCGGGUGAUGUAGAGAAAACCAAACAGGAGUUUAACAGAAUAGCAAAUCAAAUUGAAACUGUUGAAAAGGCAGCCAAUAGGAAAAAGAUUCGUGACGGGCUCAAACGAUUUAGAGCGUUGACGGGAACAGGAAUUAUGUACGGCAAUAUAGCGUAUAAUUAUUUCAAUCCUGGUCCCGUUAGUCCCGUUAGUCCUGCACCGGCAAGGGAGUUAAAAACCAAGCUUUCCUUAAAUACUGCCACUGGAUUAAAGCAAAGGAUCAAUUCAAUGACAAAGUACAUGGCUAACUAUCCGAGAUUUUCAAAUGCUGUAAACGCGGCAGUUUUUGGUACAAAGGUUCUGAUGGCAGGGAUUGGUAUAGCUUUGGAUGUGAAAAAUGCUAGACGGUAUCGAGAAAAACUAUCACAGAUCCAGGCUGAUCUGGAGAGUAUCAUCGCGGACUAUGAGACGAACAGGGCAAGACUAGAUACGCUUCUACAAGAUCAACGAAAUGUCCAGUCUGAUGGCGAGGCAGAGUUAGGAAAUGUUGAAGAGACAUUCCUUCAAAAUACUGAAUAUUUGGAUAUUCUCCGUUCGUCCAGAUCAUCAAGUCAGGAUGCAGAGCUGCUGAAUGUCCCUCUAUUUACAGCAAGUAGUGUUAACAAAGACAACAUCAUUGACAAUCAAAAUAUAUAUAUUGAUUACUUGACGACCCGUGUUGAUGAGCUCAAAGCCGUAUAUAGUAGAGUUGACAUGAUAAAGUUCAUCACACAGUUUGUGCAAAGUCCUACACAAGCAAAAAAUCAAAUUCCACUUAGUGUUCUGAUUAUGAUAGCUGAGGGUAUGGACCCGACUGUCACUAGGGAUAUUGUGCUCUACACUAUUGCAGAUGCCUUGCCCAACACAGCUGAUUGGCCCGAUAUGGAUCCCACCACGGGUACUCUCGCCACAGUAAAUCUAGCUCCAUAUAGAGGCGUAUCUUAGUCAUGUCGCAUUGAAAAUGUUGUGUCUCAAGUGUGAAAUACAUGGACAUACAACAAGCGUCAGUUACACUUGUUUUGCAUAUCCUUGAUAUAGGAGCAUUGCAAAAUCUGUUCAUUUGUAUCAUGACUUUAACAACGCUGCAGAUGCAAAGCAUUCUGCAUGGUCUCUCAAUUGAUUGUGAAAAACUAAACGUCAUAUUCAAAAUCUCACGUUUAUUUGCUGUAUUACCGUUUUUGUUGAAUAAAAUAAUUCCAUAUGGACAUCAUGUGUUUUGAUUUAAUAUAACAUUGGGCUUGAAUCGUCGGGCUGUAAUCUAAAUCUCGAAAAUAGGUAGUAGACAUUGAUAUGAUUAUGAUUUGAAAGUGACUUUCCCUGAAGUAUUUUUGCUCUCCUUCAAAAUCCUUGCAUUCAUGAAAAAAAAACAUUUUUACAAUUUCGAAACGUACUUUAAGCUAACAACACAAUUUAUUGUAAUAAAGUAUGUGACAAUGAACACUAAUAAAU